AUGACAACCCCUGUCCCUACUCCCCUCCUUAAACUCCCCCUCCUCCUCCACCUCCUGACCGAAACCCCCGCCUCCCUCUCCUUUUUGUUCUUCCCCCAUUCCCAACUUCCCUCCGCAUCCCCCCAAGCUCUCCUCAUCCUCCGAAACUACGGCGGCCUCCUCCUCUCGACCAACCUAAUCACCCUCAUCUUCCUCCUCCGACCAAACUUCGACUCUUUGUCUGCGCUUGUGGCGCUGUCACUGGGGAGUUACCACAUCUGGCCUAUCUACCGGGCUUCUGCCCGGCUCAACCUCGCACAAGGGAAGAGGGAAAACGAAGAGAAAGUCCUGGGGGGACCGGUGGUGCACUUUUGGGUUCAUGUCUUUUGUCUAGUUUCGCUGGUCGGGAGUGGGGUUUUUGGGCUGGGGUGA